UAUUACACUAAACUAAGAUGGUGAACAUGGUAAACAUUAUACCUGCUAAACAUCAGUAUGUUAGCAGUGUCCUGGUGAGCAUGUUAGCAUUAGGUUCAAAGCACCACUCUCCUUUAACUAGCUUGGCUACAGACUGUUGUUAUGUUAGGAAUUUACUUUUUUACUUUUUACAGUAACUUCUCUUACAAUUUCCUGUAAAUCGACUAAUCAAUUAACUAAUCAUCUCAGCUCUAAUGGACACAUGUAGACACACACAUGUACACACACACACGUAUACAGUACAGUUUCUCUCUGUGUGGGAACCAAACUUAACCUCAAACUGUCAUUACUGACACAAAGCAACAACACACACAAAAACAAAUUAAUGGAUGACUCCUUCAGUUUAAUAAAGCGCAUACAAAACCCAGACAUUUCAUUAAAAAGGACUGACUGAUGUGGAUCAGGUUGAUAGCUGUGGCAGGGAAUCAUAUCACCGCUGUAAUGUCACGCCUGGCUAUGAGCUGUGUCUCUGGAGGUUUGGAAAUAAACACACCAAGCCAAAUAGAAGCAGGGGAUAUGAGACUGGAGACCUGGCAACAGAUUACAUCAAAUCUUAUCCUUUUCUUCUCCACUCACAUCUGCCGUGGCCGUCUGUUUAUAACUUGUGUCCUUGUUUUGGUCUUUCUCUGCCAAAUUCAGAUUGCUUCUUUGUGGAGAAAGAAAGGGAGAUUCUCUGUGCUCUAUGUAACCCCAUUCAAUUGAAAAAAAAACAUUGAUUUGCUUACUCAUUUACAUUCAUAUAUGUAUCCUCGCUGUCUCCCUCUAUCGCUGUCUAGAUGCCAAACUCACACCAGUUUCACCAAGAAACGUCUGCUCAAGAUGACUGGACUUAUAAGGGUUUAUCUGUGCUUUCAUUUAUCAUACACCCAACAAGGAAACAUAUUCACCCUGGCUUUCUUUCACGAACACCUCCAAACUCUGUACAAGACACAGUUUGAAUCUUAGUACAUUCAAAGAGAUAAACAUUGGAGAGGAUUAGCAAGGCAAAGUGGUCGAUUUCCCCUGAUGGUUGCUCAGCCACCAUUUCUGAGAUCUUUAUUGCCAACCUAAUAAUGUCUGAGAGAAAUGAAACUCAUAAUUAGUUCCCUUAGACUAUAAAUCAUAUACUUUGUGGGAAGGAAAAUACCAUUCCCUGCCCUUGGGAAGAAUGAAAGGGAGGUUGUGGACAGCAAUAAGUGGACUAAGAAUAGAAUAGGGCAUUAUUAUGUAUGAGAGGUAGGCACUGUCUAAGGGUCAUUCAAUAUCAUUUAAAAAAUAGUGGGGACGAGUAUGGUACAGUAGGGUAUGCUUCUGUAAAAAUGUUUUGAGUAGGGUACAGUGAUGGUCAGCAGAGGUCAGUGGUGGGAGUACAUUUCUUCACGUACUGUACUUAUGUACUUCUACUCCACUACAUUUAUCUAAAAUAAAUGGUUCCUGUGGGCUUUAAUACUAACCAUACAAUCAUCUUAUAAAAUAAGAUGAAUUGCUAUAUUUUAAGUAGCCUAGGUACAAUUAACUCCACCUCAACCAGCUACAACAGUAACAUGUUGCUUACACGCCAUGCAUCAUAUUUCAUAUUUCUGCAUCAAUAAUAAUCCAAUACUAUAAUAUAUGAUAAUGUAACAGUGAAAGGGGCAAUUCUGAUGCAUUAUGCAUAUUUUACUUUUAACAGUUAAAGUAAAUUUGACUGAGAAAUGGUGCAGUUUUACAUUUUAGUAGCUAGGUAUUGCUAAUUUUACUUAAGUCAAGGAGCUUCUUCCACUGCAAAAAUAAUUAAGACCAAAACAAAGGGACCUUCUCACUUCCCUGAAAGACGUUUCCAAAGCCAUCAAGUGAUGUAUUUAUAACAUACAGGCACCUAAUGUACUCUCCAACUACAGCACUUCUCUCUCGGGGGUCAGACUGGUGCACACAAAUUCUCCCUCACAAGGUGGGAGGAGCGUGUUGCACUGGGACGCCGCACGAUGCAGCAGUCCCGUCCAAACCUCCUGGUCUCUCUACAGCAAGCCGGACCACUGAUGCACCUGUAGUGUGACAUUCAACAGCGCGACGCGUGGAUAAAAAAAAAAAAAAAAAAAUCAAAAGUCAAUGUCAAAUCAAUCAAAUAUGAGCGAAGCCACUUGGAAACAGAGCGCCGGUGCGACAUAGACGCUUAUGGUUCAGGUAGACUAGCCUAAAGCAUCCAUCUGGAUUCUACAUUUCAGGACAAAAGGAGAUAUUGCUCGAAAUUACGAUGCAUCUCACGGCGGUGGUCCUAACCUUAAUUCUGGUCGUGACGGGCAUCGCCAAAGGUUGGGAAUGCAGCGCAGGGUGCAACACAGAAAAUGGGUUUUGUGAGAAGCAACUGAAAUGCAGGUGCAAACCAGGGUGGCAAGGAGAGAACUGUGACCGGUGCGUGCCCUUCCCCGGCUGUCUGCACGGCACAUGUGAAAAGGCAUGGCAGUGUGUCUGCAAGGAGGGCUGGGUUGGCAGCCUGUGUGACCAAGAUACUCGCCUGUGCUCGUCCAGGCCUUGUGCUGGCAAUGCCACCUGCAUAGAGACAGGAGAGGGAGGAUACCUGUGCAUCUGUCCCCACAGCUACACUGGGGAAAACUGCCACCUGAAGAGGGGACUGUGUCUCACAAACGGCUCUCCUUGUCAGAACGGAGGUACAUGUAUGGACGCUGAUGGCUCAGCUGGUUACUCUUCCUGUUUAUGUCCCCCUGGAUUUUCUGGAGACUUCUGUGAGAUCAGGGUUGACAGCUGCCAGCCUAACCCCUGCCUCAACGGUGGCAACUGUACAAACCAUGGCCUGGCCUUCACAUGUGUCUGUCCGCUCGGCUUCACUGGUUUCACUUGUAAUGACACCACUAGCCUCUCGCCCUGCGCCGGCAGGCCCUGCACCAACAGGGGCACGUGUGUUGGUCAACCUGAUGGAACCUUCCGGUGCGUUUGCCAGAAAUGGUUUACAGGUCCCACCUGUUCCCUGCAGCACAGACCGAAGGCCAGAUCCAAGCCGGUUGGGGCCAGGCCUGUGGACCACAGAGUGUUUGCGCUGACUCCGCAGCACUACUCCCUCCCUGCUCACACCUUCCACAAGCUCCUCAGACCGCCCGAGAGAGACCUGCUCAAGAUCACGCUUAAGGAGACAGUCCACUCCCCCGGCGUCCUCGUCACCCAUGGCCAGCUCGUCUGCUUUGGCAUGCUGGCCCUGCUAACCUGCAUGGUCAUCCUGGGCACUACAGGCAUUGUGUUUUUUGGCCGCUGUGAGACGUGGCUGGCCAAUGCCAAGUACAGCCAGCUUGUUCGACAGCAAAGGGAACACCUGCUGAGAGAAGCUGGCGGCGCGAGCCAGGAGGAGCCGGAACAUUCGGUAAACAUCAUCCUGCCGGAGAAGAUUAGACUCACCAGUUUUGGGGGACACUACACCUCCAUCUGAUUCAAUCGUCUCUGCCUCUUACCCUUUUCCUCUGGAAGGAGUUUAAUAUAAAUGUCUAAAAAUAGCACAAAGGAAAUACUAUAACUGUUGUACAGUUGUGUUAAUAAAGUGAGAGAAACUGGACUACACUGGAAUAUAUUUGAAUGUAAAGUCUACUGGACUAAGUGGACAACCAUGACACUAGAUUGUAAAUGUUAUUUUUAUUGUACCGUUAUAAACUGUCCAUUCAAAAUAUAUGAAAUUAUAAAAGAUGUCCUACCUUGGUGGUUGGUAAAGAUGUCAUGCUGAUGUAUUUAAGAUUUUUGAUUUUACAAUAAUGUUUUAACCGCUAUGUUACAUGUUGAUUUGGAAUACAAUAAUGUGGGUAAUAUUACAAAAGGAGAAAUGAAUUGGAUUUUAACACACACAACCUAGACCACUUUUCUUUCAGUAUUUAUAUUUAAAACGAAGUAAUCGCACCAUUGAUCUGGUUUCAGCUUCUCAAAUGUGUGGAUUUUAUACUUUUCUUUGUCUUAUUUGAUAGUAAACUGAAUAUCUUUGGGUGUUUGGACUGUUGGGUGAAUAAAACAAGUUAUCGAAAUAUAUCACCUUAGGCCAUGGGAUAGUUUAAUUAGCAUUUUCUUUUAAUUAAUAACAAUGAAAGUAAUCGUUAGUUGCAGCCCUAACAAUCUCAAUGCAGCAUUUUGUGAAUUCACCAUUUUAUAAUGAAUGCAGAAAUACACAGUGUGUACAGUAUGUGCAGUUCAAUUACUAUAUGUUGUACUAUAUAAUUAGAUAUUACUAUAUGCCAAUACAGUAUAUACCUGAAGGUAAUUUUACUUCCCCAAUGCCAUCCAAUUUUCACUCUCUGCAGUAUCACUAAGAUGUUGGUCUUAAAAGGUAUAUACGUAGAUGUUAUAAAGACGCAGGUUCACAGCUCCUCAAGAAAUGCCAUUUUCUAUUUCCAUCAUCAUCUAUUAGUAUCCAUGGCAUGCAUAUAUUCACACCUUCACCUAUUGAUCAGUGUCAAUACUCAUUUGCAGUUUCGCAGAGAUUGUUAAGAUUUUCCAACACUGCUACUUACCGCCAGUGUUGCAAUUUCACAGGCCAUGCACCAUGCAACUCUGAGCCCAGAAAUCAAUCCUGUGACAUCUGUAAAAGGUUAUUGGUUUGUCUCAUCACGCAUGAGAUGGACACCUAUACUUCUGAUGCAGGGAGAAGUAAAUGUAUGGAAAACAAGAAAAACAUAUGUCUGCCACCCAGUAACGACAUGUGGAACUUUGUUAAUGUAAAAUAUUCAAAUUAACUGCUGAUAUGAGGAUUACUGUCAUAUUAGAGUGGGAGAAUUUUUUCUCCUCACUCUCACAAUGAUAAGUCCCCUUCAGCCCCCAUUCAGCCUGUGAGGAUAUGCUGUUAAUGUGGUGGGUUUUGUCUAUCUAUUCCCUGAUAGGGAGGUUAUCUUGUACUUAAACCUUAACAGUGUUACAUUUCAGGUUGUGUAUUAUAAUGUGUGGUAGUAAAGUUGUAAUGAUUUACAGAUGGCAUUUCUACAAGGGGGCAGUGACUGUAACUUUGCAGUACUUCCUGUGUGGAAUUAUUCGCUAUUGUGCUUUGGCCAGAUAAUGUUUUGUUGUACUUUCAUUGCUUUUAAUAAAAUAUAUAAAAUCACCUUCUUA